CGCUGAACAGUGUUUGGAAAUGGUUUUUUAGUUGUGUUGUUGAAUUUAAUUAUAGCUAAAUAUUGUACAGUGACUUAAGUUAGAAUUUAGAAAUCUUAGCAUUUAGGAUAGUGCUAAUUUAUCAACAAAAAUGGCUAACUUAUUUACAAACUUAUUGUGUGUCGCGAUUUGCUUUUCUUUCGUGAUAACAGAUUCAUCUUCAAAGUUUUACGAAGAAAAAAAAUUUCACGAGCCCUACGACCUAACGGACCAAGAUAUAAUCGACAUAGCCAAGCUAUCAGACAAGCGCCAUUUUAAACAAGUGCUUAACGAGAUCCUGAUACCCAGGGUGGUGGGUACUCCCAACCAUGAGAAGGUGGGGAACUAUAUCGCUGAUCAGAUGAAGAGCCUGGGAUGGGAUGUAACGGAGGACGUCUUCCCUGACAAAACUCCAGUGUUCGGGACGCUGAACUUCAGGAAUAUCAUCGCUACCCUGAAUCCUGACGCUGACCGGUACCUGGUGCUGGCCUGCCAUUAUGACAGCAAGUAUACGAGGGAACACCAUUUUGUUGGUGCGACCGAUUCAGCGGUCCCCUGCGCCAUGAUGAUUAAUCUAGCUAAGGUGAUGGCGAAGAACAUGGAACACUUGAAGGAAUCCUCUCCCAGUCUCAUGUUCAUCUUUUUCGAUGGCGAGGAGGCGUUCAGACAGUGGGGACCCAAGGACUCCAUCUACGGAGCCCGACAUCUAGCGAAGAUGUGGCACAGAAUGGAUUAUAAAGAUGGCGCGAAUCAUCUGCAGAGAAUGGACGUCCUAGUCCUCCUAGACUUGCUGGGGACACCAGACCCGACCUUCUACAGCUAUUUCAAGGCCACGGAGAAGUGGUACGUGCGACUCGCAGCGGCCGAGCAGCGGCUGAGCGAGCUGAACCAACUCUCCCGCUACUCCAGAGGAAAGCCCGACCAGGUUUACUUCAAGCUGGCCACGUCCAAUGCCGUGAUUGAGGACGACCAUAUACCGUUCUUGAGACGAGACGUGGACGUCCUGCACGUGAUCCCCAACCCGUUCCCGUCGGUCUGGCACACCGCGCGCGAUGACAUGGCCGCUCUCGACUUCAGCACCAUAGACAACCUCAACAAGAUAUUCCGCGUCUUCGUCGCCGAGUACCUCAGCGUCACACCCUAGCGCCGGUGGAAGCUGCGAUACAUCCUCCGCGUCUAGACCUCCAUUCAAACUGACAGGUGACAGCUGUCACACUGACAUAAUACGUCACGCGUCGAACUGACUGAUGACAGCUGUCACACUGACUAAUGACAAAACUUGAAUAUUAAACAGUAGUGUAGGCCAUCUAGGUAGACCAUUUCUAGAUAAUCGCUAGGUCGGUCGCUCACGCGUUCGACUUAUUGAUGUGUGGAGUAAGUUUGAUUUUAAGGCAGCUACUCUACUGUAUGAUAUUUAAAUUGUGCAGAUAUAUGCCAAACUGACAUAUGACAUGAUAAGUCAGUUUUUUACUCUAUGACAUUCUUGUGAUUACAUCGACGAACGGCGAAAUCGAUAUUACAAUGGUCCAGUUAUUAAAUAAAAAUCGAUUUUUAGAUUCUUCUUUCUUCCUAACGGUUAGGAAAUAGUAAACUGCUAUUUUUGGACGAAUAUUAUAGUUGUGCUUAGGCUACUUACUUAAAUUUUACUUUUGUUUUUUUAUUAUUGUAGCCUUUUUUACGUGAUACCAAAUUUUUGCAAUCUGCUAACCGUCCAGUGUUAUGAAUGGUCGAUUUAAGCAUAAACGCACAGUAGAAUAUGAAAAAUGAGUAAUAUGGUGCAAUUUUACACAUAAUAUAGUAAAUACAAGUAAAUAUAAAAAAUACUCAUUGUAAAUUAGUACAAAAACUAAUUCUCAGAUUGCAAUAAUAAAACAUCUCAUAAUAUGGUAUAGCAAGAUGACAUAUUUUUAUUUAUUAAACAAGUUAUUUA